AUUUUGCCCCUGAUUUUGGAGUCCACCGACUCGCGUUCAACUUUCAGUUGUAAAUCGCUCUCGCACAGUGUUCCACGCAUAACGUCCAAGUGUUUACGGAUACGCUUCGCUAAGUAGUAGCUGAACCGCGUUAGCCACAAAUUCACUAUAGUGAACGAUUUAAUUUACGUAUUUUGUUUGGAAAUUAAGACAAAAUGUCGCAUACAGUCACGAUCACCCGUACAACUACCACAUCCGGUACCACAUCGGCUCUUAUCAUCAAUACCGGAUAUCUGAAGACAAUUCCAGGACUUUUGAAGCUUGUACAGUUGUUACUGGGAGCAGUGUGCACAGGUAUCACAUUCUGGUAUCUCAAUAGCGACUAUGUGUCGAUUUCGUCUCCAGAAUUCUUCUUCCUGCUGAUGGUCGUAACGUUUAUGAUAGCAACGUUUUGUCUCCUGAUAUCUUGCUUAUUUUCGCUUAGUACAGGCGGAAUUAUAUCGAAAACAAUCUAUGAGCUCAUCUAUCAUACGAUCGCUUGUAUCUUGAUAUUGGCAGCAUCUUUGAAUUUCAUAAUUCGAAUUGAUAGAUACAAAGGUUCACGACGAUAUGAGCCAUACAUGGUAGCAUCAAUACUUGGACUCGUCAAUGCUAUCCUGUACUGCAUUAGCGCUAUUUUCGCUCAACGUUCUUACAAAGGAAUCUAAAGUAAGGCAGGUUCCAAUUUCCGAGCCACUUUCCAUUGAAUCGACUAUUUUGAAAAAGGACCAGGGCUGGCUACUGAAACGAACCACGAAAAUGAUUUGCUCGCGUUUUCGAAACUUAGAUUCAAUCAUAAAAUGUCAGUUAUAUUUUCCAACCUACGAAACCAAAAAGAACCAAUUCACUUUUUAAAUUAUCGAGUCAAAUUGAAGGUUUGGCCAAGAAUACUCAAAAAUUAGCUUUAAGUGAAGAUUUUUCAAUCUCGAGUUUAGUUUCAUGACUUCUACUGUUAUGUUUGUGCAUUUUACUAUAUUUUAUUUUAUGAAAAGAUGUUUACUUUUAUAUUUUUUUAACAUAUUGUAAGUUUUUACAAUGACUAAUAUUAUUAAAUGUUUUUAAAAAUAA